UUUCUAAACAAAGCGAAAGUUUAAGCCCGUGAGGAUCCGAACAGGUCUAAAUAUAGACCUAGACCAGGACCAAAUACAGUUCUACACCAGGUUUAAACGGGACAACAGCAGGUCACAGCGGGUCUGAACAAGACUGAGCAGCUGCGGGAGGCGGUGAAGCAGCGUCUGGCUGUGGCUGCAGAUGAAAUCUUUGAGCUUUUGGAGAGAACCAUGUCAGAAUACAAAGAGGAGACACAGAGACACGCACUGGAGCAGCUGCUCAACACACGAGGACAGGGACUCAAAACAGAGUAUGAGGAGGAGGUGAAGACUGAAGAGACGUGGACCCCCCUGCUGCCCCACAACCACACCCAGAACCAGACGCACAACCAGAACCACACCCAGGACAACCACACCCCCCAACUGCACCACACCCAUGAGCAGACACCCACCUACAGUAAGAGCCACAGCCACAACCAGACCCAGGACUGGCCUGAAUCCACCCACAACCUGAACCACAACCAGAAUCACAGCCAGACACACAACCACAGCUCCACCCAGGACCAGACCCCCGCACUACCCCACAACCACAUCUGUAAUCAGAAACACAACCAGCUCCACAGUCACACCUACAGCCAGAGCCAGCCCCAGGACAGCACCCCUCAGUGUCAGGCGCUGGAACAGCAGACCCUGGGCUGGAUUGAGGCUGCGACUCCUCUGUCUCCCCCAGGUGGCGCUCUGCGUCACUUCUGCUCAAUCUGUGCUAAAGGCUUCAGGGCAGAGUGGCAGCUGAAGCGUCACAUGAGAGUUCACACCGGAGAGAGACCUUUCAGCUGUUCGGUCUGCGGGAGGAGCUUUUCUCGUAAAGACGCGCUCCGGGGUCAUGUGGCCAUCCACACCGGCCGAACACUUUCAGGGGCUGGUACGAAGACGUGUCAGAUCUGCGGAAAAAUUUUCCGAAGUGCUAACCACCUGAGGCGUCACAUGACUGUGCAUACUGGGGAAAAACCUUUCAGCUGUUCAGUGUGUGGGAGAAGCUUUUCCCGAGGGGAGAGUCUGAGGAAGCACAUGGAUGCCCACACUGCGAGGAAUGAGUGCUGCACCACCAACCAGCCUCCAGGGGGCAGCAAAACACAGACACUUUCAUCUGUGAGCCCACACCACACCAUCCCCCCCACCCCACAGACUGUGUGAAGAAGACAUGGAUCUAAGAGAAGAGCACCCACAAGCUGAACCAGAGACUCAACUCUUAGCACGGAACCACAGAAUCACACUGUGACCUUGGUUCAGAGAUUUGACCAAUUUAAUAAAAUAAGAUGAUUUAAUGACUUUUUCUGACUGAGUCUGAAUUAUUCAGGGAAGUUCCUUUGUUUCAUGAAGAAUAAAUAAAUUUACAUUUUGCGAUCA